UAUUAAAUAAUUUAAUAUGGCGAUCGUUUGUUAAUAUCUGUAGUGAUAUAUCGAGUAAUAUAUAUGUAAAAUGGCUUUCUUCUCGUCCUUCCGGAGGUGUGCGAUAGAUAGUGUAAAGUCGUGUAUGAGAAUAGCUGCUUGUGAUUUGAGAGCUAUUUCCCAAGCAAGUCAUCCUUUACAACAGAAUAAUCAAGAUCUUGUUUCCAAAUCUGAAGAAAAAGUGAGAUGUACUCUUAUUCCUGGUGAUGGAGUUGGUCCAGAAAUAUGUAAUUCAGUAAAAGAAAUAUUUAAACAUCUUGGUGUUCCUGUAGAAUUUGAAGAACUGUUUGUGAGUGAAGUUCAUCAUAAUAUAAGUACUCCUUUAGAAGAUGUUAUGGCUUCCAUAGAGAGAAAUGGCAUUGCCCUCAAGGGAAGUCUUCAAACGCCAUUUAGUACUGUAUCUGGAGAAUUGAUGUCACUUAAUAUGAAACUUAGAAAAGAAUUAGAUAUGUUUGCCAAUGUAGUUCCCAUAAAUAGCGUUCCUGGCAUUCAAACUCGUCAUGAUAAUCUAGAUUUUGUCAUUAUUAGAGAACAAACUGAAGGUGAAUAUAGUGCUCUAGAACAUCAGAGUGUGACAGGUGUAAUAGAAUGUAUGAAAAUUGUCACUCGAACAAAAUCUAAAAGAAUUGCCAAAUUUGCUUUUGAUUAUGCCACAAAAUAUGGACGUAAAAAAGUGACAGCAGUACAUAAAGCCAAUAUCAUGAAACUGGGAGAUGGAUUGUUUCUUCGAAGUUGUGAAGAGAUUUCUAAACUAUAUCCACAAAUAGAAUUUGAAUCCAUGAUCAUUGACAAUUGUUGCAUGCAAUUAGUUGCCCAUCCUCAUCGAUUUGAUGUCAUGGUUAUGCCUAAUCUGUAUGGCAAUAUUGUUGACAAUCUGGCUGCUGGUCUAGUUGGUGGAGCCGGUGUGGUACCUGGAGCUAGUUAUAGCGCCAACUGCGUCAUCUAUGAACCAGGAGCAAGACAUACAUUUGCUGAAGCAGGAGGAAAAGACAUUGCUAAUCCAACAGCUAUGAUACUAUCUGCUGUUCAUUUAUUGAAACACAUAAACUUGCAUUCAUAUUCUACUGCUAUAAGAAAUGCAGUUACUAAAGUUUUGAAAGAUGGCAAAGUCAGAACACGAGAUCUCGGAGGAUAUGCCAGCACUACAGAUUUUACCAGAGCAAUACUAGCUCAACUGUAAUCAAUUUAAUGUAUAAUAUUUAUUUUAUCAAGUAGAAAAAAUAGUUAUGUAAAAAAGUAAAUCAGGAAUAUGUAAAAAGUAGUAUGACUGGAAGUUUUUAUGCAGAAUUUUUUGUGUGAAUUACUUAUUUAUAUAUUAAAACAAAAUCUGUUGAAUGCAUUUA